GUAUUAUUUUUAUAAGGCGUGGAUAAGAUACACCGUUGCAACUUUCAAGACAAGGAGAGACAGCAGAACUAUUUUCAGGGCAAAGGGAGACAAGAGACACAUUGGUAUUUGGUGAUUGAGUGCUUCAACAGAGUUUCAAUGGAAUCUCUAAAUUUGAAGUCAUGGGUGAAGCUCAAUCCUUGCUCUAAGUACCACAAAUUCAGAGACUGCAAAAGUAAAGUGGGAACACAAGUAGUUUCUGCUUUACAUUACCAAAAAUUCAUAGACUUUGCUAUGGAUGAAACUAAACGUCGCACCCAUCUCACAUCUUCUCCUUUGCAGGAUACGUUCAUCCAUACUCAAGCUAUAGAUGGGAAAUCCGAGCUCAAAUUUCUAUCUUUUGAAGCUUCUAAGAUUAGGCAGCUUCGUACGAUGCACAUUGAUGGGGGUGAUUCACUGCAGGUGUUGGACUUUGGUGUCUUCCCAAAAUUUGCUUUCGACUUGCCUAUUUUUUGUGCCAACUUUUUCACCAGCUCAUCGAUGAACAUUAUUGUAUUGGAUCUUAAUCCUUUGCAUGAUGUCAUCACUAAUAGAGAAUACAAAGAGAAGUACUACAAAAGUUUAAUGCCUCUCAGCAUUAAGUAUGCUGAACUUUUACCUUGGGGAGGAAAACUUACUGGUGAAUCUUUAAGAUUUUUCUCACCGAUAGUAAUUUGGACGAGAUUUACUUCAAGCCAACACAAGCACGACAUUUUAUUUGACGCAUUCAGCGAUUAUUACAAGACAUGGCUUAACUUAAUGGAACAGGCAGUGGAGGAGACUGCUCCUGGUCAAAUUAUGCUAAAUAGUGAAGCACAACAUAAAUAUUUAACAUGGAGAGCAGAAAAGGAUCCAGGGCAUUCAAUGCUGAAGAGGUUGGUCGGAGAAGCAGAAGCCAGAAAUGUGCUUAGAAGCUUCCUAUUCAAUGGAGUUGAUGAACUAGGUAGCAAAACGUUUUUGGACUACUUUCCAGAGUACAAGCUUGAAGAUGGAACCAUGAAUGAGAAGCGGAGUAUGAUGGGGAAGUCGUUCGAGAAUCGGCCAUGGGAUAGUAAAGGGGAACUCAUUGUCGAUCAUAGCGAAUGAGCUUAACAUGGUGGUUGGGCUCGGAGGGGACGAGAUGAGUUGGAGCUGCUCUUGAGAUGCUUGAUGUUGCUUUGUAAUAGUAUAGGUAGUUUUGGCGUUAAUUUAUUUGUUAAUAAGAGAUGUUUCAAGAGCUCUAUUUCUUAAUCAUAAAGGAGUAUUUAAUCAGAUUUUAAAAAACUGUGAGCAUCUAAAAUAUUGGUGCCAUCCAAUUCCGAAAUUAGAAAUAGUAUUCUUGUAUGUUGUAUCCAAGCACACAAUAAGAUGAGGAGUACAAAGGGUUUUAGAGGCUUCAAUAUAUGUGGCAGUUUUAUAGAA